GUAAAAUGCAAAAAAUUUGGCAGUGUCCCAUUUGUAAUAAAAUCUUUCCGGACGGUCAUUCAUUGAGGGUGCACACAAGGGUACAUACAGGAGACAAACCAUUUAAAUGUUCGCAUUGUCAGAAACGGUUCACGCAGGAAGGAAAUCUCCGCCGUCAUAUUCGCAUUCAUACAGGAGAAAAACCAUAUCAGUGUCAAUUCUGUGACCGGGGAUUUCGGAACGGUUCAGAUUGGAAACAACACGAAAUGGACCAUCAGUUGAAGCCGCAUCGAUGUCCACGGUGUGAGAGAGGAUUUGCUAGCAUAGCUGGGCUUGAGAACCAUUUGAAACUUAUGACUUGUAACAAGAAGGAUUUACAUUUUGAUAAUUCGGCACUUUGUUUCCUCUUCUUUCAGAACUUUCUGCUGUACAUGUCCCCGGAAAAAACAGAAAAGCCGUGGGUGUGCACGGCUUGUCGUAAGACUUUUCGAAACAAGCAGCUUGCUGAGGUUCACAUUCGCACACAUACAGGAGAGAAGCCAUACGUGUGCGAAUACUGUGAAAGGAGUUUCGCCCAGUAUGGCAACUUACAAAGGCAUGUCCGGAUUCACACAGGAGAAACACCAUUCAAGUGCUCAUUUUGUCAAAAAGGCUUCAAAAAUGGCUCCGAUUGCAAACAGCAUGAAUUCACGCAUUUGGAUAAACCUUUUUCUUGCACUGAGUGCAUGAAGGGCUUCCGUACUGAAAUGGCUCUAAAGACACAUAUGAUGAAACAUUAUACGGCUCAGGAAAGUCAGCAAAGUGUUGAGUUGAUAAAGGGCAGUGGUGAUACUCAGGCCCGCUGAAGUAAUAUGACCUUAGGUGAUGGACAUUGGUCAUCUGUUCAGGGUAUGCACUGGUUGUGAAGAUUUUUAACAUCAUUUCAAAAAGCACAGUUACUUUUCAGAUGGGUCAGCAGCAAAAUAAACUAUGUGUAUUCCAUGUUACAAUGUAACCACGAUGCCCAAUCGGUGCAACUCUACUGGGUGCGGAAUAGAUUUCCAGUAACUUUAGACCCUCCUGUUCCUUUGUUUGUGGUGAAAUUGAGGGAUGUAGGUAAUGGAAUACGCCCCUCUGAAUUUUGUUUGACAAAUGAUUCAGGCGGGUCUAUUGUGGCCAGCAACUGGUAUAUUCAUUUGAUUGGGCACCGUGGUAAUGAUGUUGAAGGGUUACAUGUAUACAUUAUUUGAAAUGGAGUGGACUGUUUACUUUAACUUGUACUCUGUCUUACUCUUUCAGAAAAAUGUGGCUGUACUCAACAUUGGGACAUCAAAAUUCUUGCAGUGCACCGUUUGUGAAAAAGUG